CAUUCAGGCCUGCAGGGUGUAUCCCGCCCGAACAGUGAUGUAAAAGGCGAGACCCUGUUGCUUGUCCAGCUCCAAGUCAGUAAUUAAAUAGAAGCGUUGUUAUCUUGCAUACCGGUGUCACAUGCGUACCCCACUUCUGGCACGGGCCUCUGACCGCCAUUGUCAUUGCCAGUAGCAAGAUGGCAGCAUUCUGCCAACAACACCACUGAGUCUCAGCCUAGAUGUGCCCUGCAUGAUGUGCCUGAUCCUAUUACCAUUACUCACGUAAUUGAAGAUCAUGAUCCAUUAGGCGCAACCACACAAAUAUUCCCAACAUGAUGCGUGUCUACUUAUCAUGAAUUUCGGACUUAUCCAUGCAACCGCUACUUUCCCCCCAGUUAUUUCCUGCUAAUUACUGUCCUCUUAGUUCAAGUUAUUGUUGUCUCCGUCAUGGACAAUCAGCCAGUUGAUCUCGGACUCCCGGUGUUUUCCCGCCAGUCGACACUGACCAAAUUUGGGGUCAUGUCAUACGACACUCCGCAGACAAAUUUGUGGCUUGAACGAACUCGCCUCCAUGGAAUGAUGUUCGGGGGAGUGUCCUACGGCAUACUCACACUCCUUACCGUACAAGCUGCGACUGCACUGAUGCAACGGCCUCGAUAUGGUGGAAAAAUCGCAAAUAAUCGCCUCGUGCUUCUUUUCUACAUUUUCAUCACGUUCGCAUUGGGGACAAUUGACUACGCUGCGAACGCGAGAUAUACAGAGAUGAUUUGGAUAGACCUUCGCGAUGCACCUGGUGGUCCGCUCGCGCUAAUCGAGAGCUCACUGGAUUAUAGUAUCAACAUUAUGGCACUUUCCACUUAUUUCAUCAUGGGGUGGUGUAUGCAAGCUCUACUUCUUCAUCGAUGUUCUGUGAUAUGGUGUCGGGCAAGAUCGGUGAUGGUCCCAAUGAUCGCUUUCUGCAUUGCCAUGCUUGCUGUAUCUAUUCUCGUCAUAAUCCAGGCAAGCACCGGUGCCAUAUUUUUCAAGAUCAACACCAUGCUUCUCUACCUUUGCAUGGAAGAAGGUUUCACUUUGAUUUAUACGAUUCUCGUGACAAGUCGUUUACUCGUCAUGCGAAGCCGGAUGAGGCAGGCGGUGGCCCAAUAUCCCAUGGCCCAAUAUAAUUCUAGUACCUAUGAUACUGUCGUCCUCAUGCUCAUCGAGUCCGCCAUGUUAUACUCUGUCUUCUGCGUGGCUCUUAUAGUUUCUGUUGCGUUGCAUUCUGACGGCGUCUUCAAUCUAAUCUACUUGUCCAUUACCAAUAUCCAGGGCAUUGCUCAAUUGCUCAUCAUCAUUCGUGUAGCACGGGGGCGGGCAAUUACACACGAGUGGUCGACCCGCGUUACUGCAGCACCUACAGCACCUACGUCUAUAGUAUUUUCAAGAACUAUGUCGGAUAUGACAGAUGGAGCCAACAUGGAGCGAAUGGGUACUCCAGAACAGGAUGGUGUUCCGUUGUAUUCUAUUCGAUCGCCGAAGGCAACCGAAGUGCGUAUGGCAUGACCGUGGCUUGAUUUAAAGCUAGUUUACUUAUAUAUUGUAAUUCAACUUCGUUUACACCUGCUACUAUAGCUUAUAACCUAAUGGUACUUCUAUUAAAAGUCUUUGCAAUUACAGCAGGAAUCGCCCGUCAUUAUGUACGAUUUCAUGAACAAUGACUCGUUUUCAG